UUGAGUGUAACAGCUGUUAGCCGGCAUUCAUUUGUUGUUCUCUCCGAUUUUACGUAAUAAUUGUUAUUUGUUGUGAAUUUAAUCAUUUAUUAAGCACAUUAAAAUGCUGAUGAGACACUGCACGAUGGCCUUGAGGGUCGCCAGAUCCCAGAUGUCCCCCAACGCAGCCGGAACAUCCAAAAAGAACCUGAUGCAGCGCUUCUACGGCAGCCAAGCACCUGCAAUUGGAAUUGUGGACUACGAUGUGGUCAAGAAACUGGCCGGUGAACCCAAAAAGCUGCUCAUCGAUGUCAGGGAGCCGGAGGAGCUGAAGGAGACGGGCCAGAUCCCCGCCAGCAUCAACAUUCCGCUGGGAGUGGUUAGCCAGGAACUGGCGGCCAGUGAGCAGCUCUUCAAGUCCAAAUAUGGCCGGGAGAAACCCCAGCCGGAUACGGAAAUCAUCUUCCACUGCAAGAUUGGCAAGAGGAGCCUCAAGGCCGCCGAGGCAGCGGCAGCUUUGGGCUUCAGGAACGUCAAGAACUACGAGGGAUCCUGGCUAGAUUGGGCUAAAAGAGAGGGUCUGCCCAAGUAA